AUCUUCACUACAGUCGUCACCGUUCUACAUCUACUUUAUUAAAUAGGAAGUCCACCGCAUUGCCCACCCACUUCGCUCCUUUAUAUCUUCAAUUUUUCUACUAUAUCUACCCACUCAUCUAAUUUCGCUGAAAUCGUAAAGUUCCGGAUCACAAAAUUCCAGUAAAUUAGGGUUUCAAUUCAUAAACUCUUUUGGUUGAAUUGAAGAAAAAAAACAAUGGAGGAUUUAGAAGGAGGUGUUGAUUUCUUAGCUGAUGAGAGGAAAAAAGCGCAAUUUGAUUUAGAAUCAAUGAAGAUCCUUUGGGCUGGUGGACAACAUCGAUUUCAAGUUGCCGAUCGUAUGGCUCGUCUUGUUGCUAGUGAUCCUGCAUUCAAGAAGGAUGACAGGGUUAGGCUAGAGAGGAAGGAGUUAUUUAAGAACACCCUAAGAAAAGCAUGUCAUGCAUGGAAGAGAAUUACUGAACUUCGUCUGACUGAAGAAGAAGCUAGUCAAUUGAGGUUCUUCGUUGAUGAACCGGCUUUUACAGAUCUUCAUUGGGGAAUGUUUAUUCCUGCUAUCAAAGGACAAGGCACUGAGGAGCAGCAGCACAAAUGGCUCCCAUUGGCUUAUAGGAUGCAGAUUAUCGGAUGUUAUGCUCAAACAGAACUUGGUCAUGGCUCUAAUGUUCAAGGGCUUGAAACCACGGCCACGUUUGAUUCUGAGACAGAUGAAUUUGUCAUAAAUAGUCCGACAUUGACAUCCAGCAAAUGGUGGCCUGGUGGGUUGGGAAAAGUUUCGACACAUGGAAUUGUUUAUGCACGCUUAAUAAUAGAUGGGAAGGAACACGGGGUUCAUGGUUUCAUUGUCCAGCUGCGAAGUUUGGAUGAUCACCUACCUUUACCUGGAAUCACUGUUGGUGAUAUUGGGAUGAAAUUCGGAAAUGGUGCUUAUAAUACUAUGGACAACGGAGUUAUGCGAUUUGACCAUGUGCGCAUUCCUAGGGAUCAAAUGCUUAUGCGUGUGUUACAGGUGACAAGGGAAGGAAAAGUUCUGCAGUCUGAUAUACCUCGGCAGCUAAUCUAUGGCACUAUGGUCUAUGUUCGGCAGACAAUUGUGUAUGAUGCUUCACGUGCUCUAUCAAAAGCAGUUUGUAUUGCCACAAGGUACAGUGCCGUUCGUCGGCAGUUUGGCCCCAAAAAUGGACCUGAGACUCAGGUGAUUGAUUACAAAACCCAGCAGAGUAGGCUCUUUCCUUUGAUCGCUUCAGCUUAUGCUUUUAGAGUUGUUGGGGACUGGUUGAAGUGGCUCUACACCGAUGUAACUGAGAGAUUGCAAGCCAAUGAUUUCUCUACACUGCCUGAGGCCCAUGCUUGCACUGCAGGAUUGAAGUCCUUGACAACAUCUGUUACUGCUGAUGCUAUAGAAGAAUGCAGAAAACUAUGUGGAGGGCAUGGUUAUCUCUGUAGCAGUGGGCUCCCUGAGUUAUUUGCUGUCUAUGUCCCUGCUUGUACUUAUGAAGGUGACAAUGUUGUUUUGCUGUUGCAGGUUGCUCGAUUUCUCAUGAAGACUGUAUCUCAAUUGGGAUCUGGGAAACAGCCUGUUGGAACAAUUGCAUAUAUGGGCAGGGCAGAAAAUCUUUUGCAAACUCGGUGUAGUGUUCAGAAAGCUGAAGAUUGGUUGAACCCUGCCAUUGUACUAGAGGCUUUUGAAGCCCGAUCAGUUAGAAUGUCUGUUGCUUGUGCUAAAAGUUUAAGCCAAUUUUCAAACCCAGAAGAAGGCUUUCUAGAACUCUCAGCCGAUCUUGCAGGGGCAGCUGUGGCUCACAUUCAGCUUAUAGUGGUUUCAAAGUUUAUUGAGAGAUUGCAACAAGACAUAUCCGGGGACGGAGUGAAAGAACAAUUAGAAACACUCUGUAGUGUCUAUGCACUUUCAAUCUUAGGGAAGCAUCUGGGUGAUUUCCUGUCAACUAGCUGCAUCACGCCUAAGCAAGCUUCGCUUGCAAAUGAUCUUCUUAGAUCACUAUUCUCCAAGAUGCGUCCGAAUGCAAUCGCUCUUGUAGAUGCAUUCAACUACACAGAUCAUUUCCUUGGUUCAGUCUUGGGUCGUUAUGAUGGGAAUGUGUAUCCAAAGCUGUAUGAGGAAGCAUGGAAAGAUCCUUUGAAUGAUUCGGUUAUUCCUGAUGGUUUCCAUGAUUAUAUUCGACCUAUGCUGAAGCGCCAGGUCCGGACUUCCCGGCUCUAAAUUGGAUCUUGCAUUGUGGUUUGUAAAAAUUGAAUUUCAAGAAUUAGGGUAAUAAGGUUUUUAAUAAGUAAAUGCAAAACUGUGAGGAGUAAGUUUUUUUUUUUUUUUGAGGGGUGAGGAGUAAGUUAAUUGUGUUUCUAAGUCUCAGCAGUCAGCACAUCGAUGUAGUGUUACUUAUUCUGUUUUUUUUUUUUUUUUUUUUUUUUUUUUUUUUUUAUAUAUAUAUAUAUAUAUAUAAUUAGUGUCACUUAUUCAGUUGUGAUAAGUAAGUUUAUAUUCUCUUAAAUUGUACUGUAAUUGAUAAAUAGUUCCUCCGUUUUUUUUGUUCUUGCAACGUUUUUCAUAUUUGGCAAUUCUCUAUUACUUGUAAUAUUUUUAUUUUGGAUAAUAUAUUCUCUGUUUCUUUCCCUUGA